CUGUGUUCUUUGACAUAUUGCUACAGCCCUAGGCCAUCGACGGUCUGGUUCCUAUGGUAACAACAUUCCUAUUCGGAACAACUACGACAGUCUCUUCAGAAGCACAAGUGUUAAUAUGUUACCUUACACAGAUUUAAUCAACGGUCAAGCUUCAGGUCCUACUUCAACGUCUCGGUCAAACAGCCCUGUGAAACCCUUACAGCAUGGCAACUCCCUAUCUGACAUGGUGUCUCACCCGUCAGCCGCUAACGUCGAACAGAUGUAUCCUUUCCCAGUUGUGGACACCACAUCCUACGACAACAUAGGUUUAAACAGUAACUCCUACUUAAUGCAGCUUGAUCGUCUGGAACAACAACAUCAGCCUCUCACACCAUAUCCUACCUGCAAGGAUUCGAUGGACAUUUACAACGAGCACAUAUUGUUGGCCCAGAAAUACAUUAAAGCAAAGAUAAAUUUCCAAUAUUUAAUGCAAAAAAAGAAAGAAUUAAUUGAAGACUAUGGCUCUGGAGACACAUACAUUAGUGAAAAGGAACGGGAUCUACGAACUGCAGAAUAUAACAAUCUGAAACUACUGUCUGAGAACUUGAGGAAACAAGUUCAGCAGCUUAAGAAAGAUUAAACGAAGAGAAGACACCGUUAAGAAAUGAUGUAUAUUUGCCAAAGUUCUCUAACAAUGCCAUUUCUUGGUUCCCAGCUCCUGUAGAGAUUAAAGUAUUUUCUUCUUCUUCUACUACUUCUUCCCCCCACUGCCUGCCUGCCUAUCUAGAAAGAUUAAUAACUUUGGAUAGAGAGAAAUGAUUCUAUACAACUACACCCACUCGCAUACAUAACAUUAUAUAUAUAUAUAUGCUGUAUACACAUACACACAAG